CACGGCCCUGGUCGUCGUCGCCGCUGCGGUAACGGAGCGGCUCGGGUGGCGGAGCCCGCGUUCGCGCCCGCCCUCCCCUUAACUCCACGGCCGCCCAGGGCGGCAGGAGCGGGUGAGGGGAGCCGGGGUCCAGCGAGAGAGGCACCGCGCCGCGGGGCGGCCCGGGAGCUCGAGGCGGCCCGCGCGGGCUGUGGCGCGGCGCCGAGGAGGGGCGGCCUGGCCCGGACGCGGCGGGGCGGGGACCGAGGAGCGCUCCGGGCCGCCGGGGGAGCGACGGGCCCGGCGCCCCCGCGGACGAGACGCGGCGGGAGAGCGGACACUCCUCGCCAUCGCCCGAACCCAGGUUAUCCUGAAUACCACAUGCCUAAUACUUUUCCUUGCAACAUUAGCCAUUGUUUUUCACUGCCUCCAAAAGAUCAGAAUUUCUCCGGAAAUUGGAGACAUAUUUGAUUUAAAAGAAAUAACUGUAACAAAUGGACAAUAUGUCAAUUACAAAUACACCAACAAGUAAUGAUGCCUGUCUGAGCAUUGUACAUAGUUUGAUGUGCCAUAGACAAGGUGGAGAGAGUGAAACAUUUGCAAAAAGAGCAAUUGAAAGUUUGGUAAAGAAGCUGAAGGAGAAAAAAGAUGAAUUGGAUUCUUUAAUAACAGCUAUAACUACAAAUGGAGCUCAUCCUAGCAAAUGUGUUACCAUACAGAGAACAUUGGAUGGGAGGCUUCAGGUGGCCGGUCGGAAAGGAUUUCCUCAUGUCAUCUAUGCCCGUCUCUGGAGGUGGCCUGAUCUUCACAAAAAUGAACUCAAACAUGUUAAAUAUUGUCAGUAUGCGUUUGACUUAAAAUGUGAUAGUGUCUGUGUGAAUCCAUAUCACUAUGAACGAGUUGUAUCACCUGGAAUUGAUCUCUCAGGAUUAACACUGCAGAGUAAUGCUCCACCAAGUAUGUUGGUGAAGGAUGAGUAUGUUCAUGACUUUGAGGGACAGCCAUCAUUAUCCACUGAAGGACAUUCAAUUCAAACCAUCCAGCAUCCACCAAGUAAUCGUGCCUCAACGGAGACCUACAGCACCCCAGCUCUGUUAGCUCCAUCUGAGUCUAAUGCUACCAGCACCACCAACUUUCCCAACAUUCCUGUGGCUUCCACAAGUCAGCCUGCCAGUAUACUGGCGGGCAGCCAUAGUGAAGGAUUGUUGCAGAUAGCUUCAGGGCCUCAGCCAGGACAGCAGCAGAAUGGAUUUACUGGUCAGCCAGCUACUUACCAUCAUAACAGCACUACCACCUGGACUGGAAGUAGGAGCGCACCAUACACACCUAAUUUGCCUCACCACCAAAACGGCCAUCUUCAGCACCACCCGCCUAUGCCGCCCCAUCCCGGACAUUACUGGCCAGUUCACAAUGAGCUUGCAUUCCAGCCUCCCAUUUCCAAUCAUCCUGAUGUUCUCUCCUGUCUACCUCCUGUAGCUCCUGAGUAUUGGUGUUCCAUCGCUUACUUUGAAAUGGAUGUUCAAGUAGGAGAGACAUUUAAGGUUCCCUCAAGCUGCCCUAUUGUUACUGUUGAUGGAUAUGUGGACCCUUCUGGAGGAGAUCGCUUUUGCUUGGGUCAACUCUCCAAUGUUCACAGGACAGAAGCCAUUGAGAGAGCAAGGUUGCACAUAGGCAAAGGUGUGCAGUUGGAAUGUAAAGGUGAAGGUGAUGUUUGGGUCAGGUGCCUUAGUGACCAUGCAGUCUUUGUGCAGAGUUACUACUUAGACAGAGAAGCUGGGCGUGCACCUGGAGAUGCUGUUCAUAAGAUCUACCCAAGUGCAUACAUAAAGGGCAGUUUUGCCUUAGUCUGGCACCCUGGGAUCCACAUCUCAGAACCAAUUCUUAUAUUUAGGAGUUAGAGGAAUUUUGUCCCAUGAGGAAAUUGAGUUCCAAUCCCCAGGUAUGCUCAGGGCCUAAUUCCUAUUAAUAGGUUUCUGAUGCUUAUCUCUGCCAUGGGCAAGAAAGAAUUUUAUUCCUAGGUGCAUUUCCAAAUUAGCUGUUAAAGUAUUUUACCAGCACUUAAUUCACGGGCAGGUACCCAGUUGUAGCCCUCAGAGAUCCUGGCUAUUGUCUCUUUCCAUAUUGCAAUAAGUAGUCGAAUUACUAACAUCUACACCUUUUUUUUGGUCUUGGUACCCCAAGUACCUCCUGUCUUUAGUUCCUGCUCUCCACUGUAAAUUUUGUUUAUCCAUCAUCAGUAGAUGGACACAUGGAUUAUUUCCACUUUUUGGCUCUUAUGAAUAAUGCUGCUCUGAACAUUCAUGUACAGGAUUUUAGGUAGAUGUUUUCCUUUUCUUGGAUAUAUAUGUAGGAGUGGAUUUGCUGGAUCGUAAGGUUGAUUCUGUGUUGAACAUUUUGAUGGACUGCCAAGACUGUUUUCCCAAGUGGCUAUAUGCCAUCUUACAUUUCCACCAGCAAUGUAUAUAUGAGAGUUUCAGUUUCUCUGGACUCUCAUCAACACUUGUUGUUAUUUGUCUUUUUUAUUUUAGCCAUCUUAGUGGAUGUGAAGCGGCAUCUCAUUGUGGUUUUAAUUUGCUCUAAUGGCUAAUAAUACUGAACAUCUUUUCAUGUGUUUAUUGGCCAUUUGUAUAUCUUUUCUGGAGAAAUAUCUAUUCAGAUCUUUUGCCCAUUUUUAAAUUGGGUUCUUUGUCAUUUUAUUAUUGAGUUGUAAGAGUUCUUUAUAUAUUUUGGGUAUCAGUCCCUUAUCAGAUACAUGAUUUGUGCAUAUUUUCUUCCAUUCUUUGGCUUGUCCUUCAUUUCACUUUCUUGAUGAUACGAUUUGCACAAAAAUUUUUAAUUUUGAUGUAGUCCAACUUACCUAUUCUUUUGUUGCUUUUGCUUUUGGUGUCUUAUCUAAGAAACCAUUGCCUAAUCCAAGGUCAUGAAGAUUUACUCAGAUGUUUUCUUCUAAGCAUUUUAUAGUUUUAGUUCUUUAAUUUAGGUCUGUGCUCCAUUUUGAGUUAAUUUGUGUGUAUGGUGUAAGGAAGGGAUCCAGCUUUGUUCUUUUGAAUGAGAAUAUCCAGUUGUCCUGGCAACCAUUUGUUGAAAACUGUUCUUUCCCUUAUGAAUUAUCUUGACACCUUUGUUGAAAUUCAGUUGACCUUGAAUGUAAACGUUACUUUUACUUCUGUGCUGUCAAUUCUAUUUCAUUGAUCUGAAUGACUCCUUAUGACAGUACUUCUCUGACUAGAUUACUGAAGCUUUGUGGUAAGGUUUGAAAUUGGUAAGUGUGAGUUUUCCAACUUGGUCCUUAGCAUUGUUUUGGCUAUUGACUGUUCUUUGUAUUUCCAUGUGAAUUUUAUUUACUGUUGGCUUCAAGGAUAUAUACUUGUAAUAGUUCUUCUAUCCUUUGUGCUCAUAGCAGAGAGAAAAGCUGUUCAUAUAUACCUACUCAUCCAUCUUGACUUGGAAAUCUCUGGAUUCCUUGUGUAAUUUGCAGUGAAUGGAUAAAGAACUACAGUGUUGAUUAUAUAUACUAUGUGUCAGAUGGGAGUUAUGAAUUUAUUCAAUGUAGGGUCAUAUUUAAAACGUUUGAGCUUAAAAAAUGUGGAAUCUUGGGGCGCCUGGUUGGCUCAGUCAUUAAGUGUCUGCCUUCGGCUCAGGUCAUGAUCCCAGGGUCCUGCGAUCGAGCCCCACAUUGAGCUCCCUGCUCAGCAGGAAGCCUGCUUCUCCUUCUCCCACUCCCCCCUGCUUGUGUUCCCUCUCUCGCUGUGUCUCUCUCUGUUGAAUAAAUAAAUAAAAUCUUAAAAAAAAAUGUGGAAUCUUGUAUAAUUAAAGUAAUUUUUAGGAUUUUCAAAUAAAUGUAACAUCUCUGUUUUGGUACUAAUGGCUCUUAAGAAGCCCCUGAGGUAUGAGACAUAUCAUCACUUGAUAAAACACUGUCAUGGAUAGAUUUUUAUGGUAAUCUCAGGCUUUUGCCAUGAACAAUAAUUACCUUUUGGGACAUUUUUUUUAAUUUUUAUUUUUUUUACACUUUUUUUUUUUUUAAGAUUUUAUUUAUUUAUUUGAGAGAGAGAGCGAGUACAUGAGAGGGGGGAGGGUCAGAGGGAGAAGCAGACUCCCUGCCGAGCAGGGAGCCCGAUGCGGGACUUGAUCCAGGGACUCCGGGAUCAUGACCUGAGCCGAAGGCAGUCGCUUAACCAACUGAGCCACCCAGGCGCCCUACACUUUUUUUUUUUUAAAGAUUUUAUUUAUUUAUUCAUAAGAGACAGAGAGAGAGAGAGGCAGAGGGAGAAGCGGGCUCCCUGCUCAGCGGGGAGCCCGAUGUGGGACUCGAUCCCAGGGCCCUGGGAUCAUGACCUGAGCCGAAGGCAGAUGCUUAACCAUCUGAGCCACCCGGGCGCCCCUAUCUUUUGGGACAUUUUAGUGGAGUAAAAAACAACAUCCCAUUUUUGUCAUAAUAACUGUUUAAGGUUUAAAAAGAAUUAUUUCUGUUUACCAAGCAUAUUAUUGUUGUUCAGAAGAAUCUUACUAGCUAGAAAAAAAGAGAUGUAAGUAUACACUAAGUCUUAACCAUUGGCAUUUUCUUCAUUUGUGAAUUUUUUAGGCAGUAGUAACUAAAGGAUUUGUAUAGUGCUGUUUAAAUUGUUAUAUUCCCACCAGAGAUAAUAUUUUUUUUUUUAUAGACUUUAUUUAUUUAUUUGAGAGAGAGAGCACAAGAGUGGGGGAGUGGGAGACAGAGAAGCAGACUCCCUGCUGAGCAGGGAGCCCGAUGCGGGACUCGAUCCGGGGACUCCAGGAUCAUGACCUGAGCCGAAGGCAGUAGCUUAACCAACUGAGCCACCCAGGCGCCCCUCCACCAGAGAUAAUAUUACUGGGGUGAAUUAUAUUCAGAUAACACGAACCUCUGAAAGGAGUGCCCACACAUUGGGAAUACACCUCCCCCUAGCCCCCUAAACAUGCACACACAAGCACAUUUUUCUCCUUUUAAUUAAAAAGAAAACCAAGGUUUGGAGACACAUUCUUUUAUUUUAUAAACCAAGAAGCUAGAACUAAAUUGUGGGGGUUUUUUCUUCUAAGAUGUUGAUUUUUUCCCUUCAUCUUUCAUGACAUCGUAAUCCUCUGACGUUCAUGAAAAUCUGAUGUAAUGAAAUGGCAUUUUACAAGCUUUACAUGAAGCAAAUGUUUGAAUUCUAAAUGGCCUUACUGUUUUGCUUUCAAAAGUAAGAUCUGUUUUGUUUGUGGUGCUUACUACUGGGCAGUCAGGGUUUUAACAGCUUCAUUGAGACAGAGAUAGAAUUCAUAUACCACGUAAUUCACCCAUUUAAACUGUAUAAUUCAGUGGUUUUUAAAAAUAUAUUCACAGUUAUGCAACCGUCAUCAUGAUCAGUUUUCAAGCAUUUUAUCACUCUGGGAAGGAACCGUGUACACUUUAGCUGUCAUUCCUCACCCUCCCCCCCCAUUUCCCUCAGCACUAGACAACCAUUCAUCUACUUUUUCUCUCUACAGAUUUGCCUAUGCAGAUUUUGUGUAAAUGAAUUCAUAUAGUGUGGUCUUAUGUGACUUCUUUCACUAGGCAUAAUGUUUUCAAGCUUCAUCCACAUAGCGUAUAUCUGUACUUCAUUCUUUUUUAUGGCUGAAUAAUAUUCCAUAUACCACAUCUUGUUUGUUAUCCAUUCAUCAGUUGAUAGAUAAGAGUUUCCCCUUUUUGGCUAUCCUAUGAAUAAUACUACUAUGAACAUUAGUGUGUACAAGUUUUAUGUGAAUAUAUGUCUUCAUUUCUCUUGGAUAUACCUAGGAGUGGAAUUGCUAGAUUAUAAGGUAACUCUGUAGCAUUUUGAGGGAUUGCCAAACUGUUUUCCAAAGUGGCUUAACCAUUUUACAUUCUGAUCAGCAGUGUGGGAAGGUUUUAGAUCUCUACAGUCUCAUCAACACUUGUUAUUAUCUGUCUUUUUGAUGUUAGCCGUCCUAGUGGGUGUGAGGUGUUACCUCAUUGUGCUGGUUUUUACACUUGAUCUUAGCCAAAAGGCUGAGAAGCGAUCAUUGUGCUGGUUUUUGAUUUGCAUUUCUCUGAUGCAGUUGAGUCAGGUUUGUUUUUGAACACAUAUAUGUUAGGGGAUGCUUCUAAACCACAGGAAGGCCAGGUUGAAGGUUAUUAUAAUCCCAGCUUAAAUUGAUUCUCAAUUACCAUGUAUUGUGAUUCUUAUCUCCAGGUCCAGUAAUUUAGCAAAUUCUUAAUGCAGUCUUAUGUUCAGACGCCCAAUAUACCAACACAGUUAUCUGUUUCUCUUUCUGGGUUACUAGUUCUUGGUGUUGAUUUAAACUGAGAGUAUUGUAAUUAAGCCUUAUAUAUGAAAAAUGCCAAAAUUUUGACUCCUGGUUGAAAGACAAUAUCCUGAAGAUGUUCACAUUGAGCUUUAUAAGACUCACCUGUGUUAAGUAAUAGGUUUGUAAUAAACUUAUAUGAGAGUAACCAUAGGAAACAUGCUUAAACAAAGUGAUUGAUUAAGUCAAGAGUGGUGAUCAGAAAUAACUUUGGGAAGUGCCUGGGUGGCUUAGUCAGUUAAGUGUCUGCCUUCGGCUCAGGUCAUGAUCCCAGAGUCCUGGGAUCAAGCCCCACGUUGGGCUUUGUGCUCAGUGCAGAAUCUACUUGUCCCUCUCCUUCUGCCCCCCCCCCCAAAUAAAUAAAUAAAAUCUUUAACAAUCAGUCAGUCAAUCAAUAUUAACUUUUUGAUCUGAGCCCAAAAGGAUAUUUAAACCUUUGGUUCCUUUGUCUUUACUAACAACUCAGUCAGAUUCUGAAAGGAAGAUGAUUGCAUUUUAAUGAUAGCCUUCAUUUUGCCAUCCAGUAUAACAGAUAAAAUCUAUUAUGGUUUAAUGGAUCAGAUAUAGUAUAGAGUAGAGAGGCGACCCAGGUUUUACCUAGCAGUAUAGCCAGUAAUUACAAAUUUUCUGGUUUGAGUGCUUUAAUUACAUAAAUAAUCCACUGUGGAAGGAUUUGCUGAGGUGCUUAAUGAAUCAUUUCUACAUCUGCAGAUAAAAGUCAUAAAAUUUCAUUUUUGUGGCUACCUGUCAUAAUGCGUGGCUGGCGUUAGCCUAGAUUUAGGCUAGGACAUUCAAAAUUGUGAUUGUUUACAACAUAUUGUAAGGAAUCUAUGUGUGAAGAUCUAUUGGUUAUUUUUAAUGAUUCAUGGUGGGGAGUGGGAGUAUGUUGAGAACAUAUUUGAAACCUUGGAGUUUAUAAGUAAGUUAUAUUCCCUGUUUCCAGGUAGUAAGAUUAUAUAGGUACCAUAGUUGGUUAGUGAUGCUUAAAACAAUUUUUUUUAAGUGGUUGUAAAGACUUAAAUGUAAAACACAAAACUACAAAAUUCCUGGAAGAGAACAUUGGAGAAAACCUAGACGACCUUGGGUGGGGCAGUGACUUUAGGUAUGAUACCAAGGGUACAAUCCAUGAGAAACAGUUGAUAGGCUGCACUUCAUUAAAAUUAAAAACUGUGAGAGGCUGUCAAGAAAACAACGUAAGUCACAGACUGGGAGAAAAUAUUUGCAAAAGACAUAUCUGAUAAAGGAUUGUUGUCUAAAAUAUAGGAAACUUUUAAAAUUCAGCAAUAAGAGGACAUUCUGAUUUAAAAAAUGCAAAAGACCUGAAGAGAUACCUCACUGAAGAAGAUAAUACAGAUAGCAUGUAAGCAUAUGAAAAGAUGUUGGACAUCAUAUGUUGUUAGAGAAUUGCAAAUUAAAACAAUGACAUACCAUUAUAUACCAAGUAGAAUGGCCAGUCUAACACUGACAGCCCAAAUGCUGGCAAGGUGUGGAGCAACAGGAAGUUGCAUUUAUUGUUGGUGGGAAUGCAUAAUGGUACAGCCACUUUGGAAGACAGUUGGUAGUUCUCACAUAGUUAAACAUACUCUUACCAUAUCAUCCAACAAUCACUCCUUGGUAUUUACCCAAAUAAAUUGAAAAACUUAACAUCCACACAGAAACCUGCACAGGGAUGUUUUAUAGCAGCUUUAAUCGCCAAUAAUUACCAAAACUUGUAAACAACCAGGAUGUUCUUCGGUAGGUGAAUGGGUAAAUAAACUAUAGGCAUCCACAUGAUGGAAUAUUGUUCAGCACCAAGAAGAUGAGCUACCAAACCAUGAAAAGACAUACAAGACACUUAUAUGCAUAUCACUAAGUGAAAGAAGCCAAUCUGAAAAGACUACAUACUGUAUGAUUUCAACUACAUGACAUUCUGGGAAAGGCAAAACUAUGAAGACAAUAAUAUCAGUGGUUUCCAGGGAUAAGCAAGGAGGGAAGGAUGAAUAAGCAGAGCACAGAGGAUUUUUAGGGCAUUGACACUACUCUCUAUGGUACUACAGUGUUGGAUAUAUAUAUAAAAUCAAGAGUAAAACCUAAUGUAAACUAUGACCUUGGGUGAUGAUAUGUCUGUGUGGGUUCAUCGAUUAGAACAAAUGUAUCACUGUGCCAGGGGAUGUUGUUCUUGAGUGGGGACAGAGAACGCUCUUUACUUUCUGCUCAGUUUUAGCAUGAACCUAAAACUGCUCUAAAAUAGAAAGUUUAUUAAUUCCUUCUUUUAAAAAAAAGUGGUUGUAGAACUGUUUGGCUUUUCAAAUAUCUGAGUUCCUGCUUUGUGCUAUGCUGGGUAAUGCCUUCUGAAAGGUCAUAGCCCAGCGGAAAAGUUCAGAAUCUAAUGGACUCCUGGGAAAUCUUGAAAAAAUAGUGGUUCCUGUUCUGGGCAUUGUGAGAUUUCUGAUUUUCAGACCUGACUCUCAUGCUUUCUAUCCUGCAGUCUUUUAGAACUAUAAUUUGUUUGGGUAAUACCUAUAUAUUUGACAAAUUCAUUCCUCUUCAGAGAAUGAAAUAGUCUUAAGUUUUGUCCUUCAUUGAUGCCAGAAGAUCAGCGUUGAAUAGAGAAAUAAGUAAAUAGGAAUAUAAUUUGCAAUUUAGAGAGGAUAGUUCUGUGUUCUUACUUCUUAAUACCAAAUAUCAUGAUUAAAGACAAUCAGAAUUUCUUUUUUAAGGCAUCUGAAAAUCAGUGGUUUGGGUUCCAAAUCUUGUUUAUCUGAUAAAGUAUGUUAUGCAUUCUUUGAUUUUUUUUUUUUUUUGGUCAAGGAUAAUUACGCUUGCUCAUACUGGGUUUUGUGCAUACUAAGAGGAUUUUUAAAAAUUUAAUGUACUCUCUGAAUAAGGAAUAUAGUCACAUGGUUCAGAAGUUAAAAUAAUAUAAAAAGUUUAUAUGGAGUAGCCUGUUUCUACUCUGACCUUGUUUCCUUUCCUACGGCUUCUGUAGAUGACCACUCUGCUUGUUAGUCUUUCAAAGUGCUUUUUAAAAAAUAGUUAUUUAUUUAUUUAUUUAUUUAUUUAUUUAUUUAUUUAUUUGAGA